AAGUAGACGCCCACGGUAGUGCAGAAAGCAGCCGAUCCGCGCCCACGACCUCCUCUUGAAUCAAAAAUUCGAAACCAUAAACCUUUCACAGGUCACAUUCUCCGGAUACCCCAUUUUCUAUUUUCCUUUUUUAUUUUUUUAGAAAAAUAGAAAAUGUCAUGGCUGGCUCGUUCUUUCGCAAACUCUCUCCGGCUCGAUGGUGACGGAGACGGAGAAAACGACGUCGUACUCGAUCCACCUACCACGUCAUCGAAAGAUCCCCCGCCAGAAAAUGUGCUCCGAUCAGAACCAGAAGAAUACGAAGACACGCAAGGACGCGGAGUCAAAGAGGACCUCGACGAAAUCAAGCAAACCCUAACUCGUCAAUUUUGGGGAAUGGCCUCCUUCCUCGCUCCGCCACCUUCAAAUUCUCAAUCCGAUCCCUCUCCUUUCGUCUCCGACCAAUCCAAUCAUCGCUCUAUUUCUCAACCACAAUUGGAUGACGCUGCCGCGGUUUCCGAUCACUCUUCGGACGCCGAACAGGAGAACGGUCCUGAACCGAAUUCGUUUUCCUUCGGAUCCGAUUCGGAAGGGAAUUGCGGUUUCGAGCUACGCGCGGUUGGAAUUACGGAAGAGGUGUUGGCAUUCGCCAUGAACAUCGCUAUGCAUCCCGAGACGUGGUUGGAUUUUCCUAUUGAGGAGGAAGACGACACCGACGAUUUUGACAUGUCUGAUGCACAACAAGAGCAUGCUGCGGUUGUUGAAAGAUUGACUCCUAGAUUAGUUGCCCUCAGAAUCGAACUAUGUCCUUGUCAUAUGAGCGAAAGUUACUUCUGGAAAGUCUAUUUUGUACUUUUGCAUUCAAGGCUCAAUAAAGAAGAUGCCGGGAUUUUGUCUACACCCCAGGUCAUGGCAGCCAGAGCAAUGUGGAUGCAGGAAUUGCAGAAACAAACAAAGCCUGAAUUUGAAAUUUUUGGAAGAAAUGCUUCCUACCCAAGAGACAUUGCACAGCAUGAUGAUUUUACUCCCAACUUAUCAGAUGAUGGUUAUUCUGAUGACAUGCCUAAUCGGACAUUUGGAUAUAGAACAACCUCUUUCUCUAUGAUGUCAGAUUAUGAAACUGACAAGCACAUGGUUGAAAGUUCUGGAGUGCAUUUCACUGAUAAGUCUGUUAUUGAGGAAAAUUCAAUUAUUAAAACUGAAAACAAGGAUCUAAAAUGUGGUCGACCUUCUCAUAUUAUCAUUCAGGAUUAUGAUGAUGAUGAUGAUGAAUGGCCAGAGGAAGAUUCUGAUUCAGGGGGAUAUGGUGGAACAACUCACCCAAUGGUGAAUGAAGAAGAUAUAUCUUUCAGCGAUCUCGAGGAUGAUGAUUAUGGCAUUAAACCUGUUAGUUCCAGCACAGGUUCAAAGGUGGUAUGAAACUUUAAUCCGGACAUGAUUGUGGUAAUUUUAGGGCCUGUAGACACUAAGAACAGUGAAAAGAGUUGCCUGAUGUUUGGAAAAACAAAAGUGCAGGUGUCUGGAGCAUUCUUCUGUACAUAAUGAAUGGUGAACGAAAUUGCUCAAAAGCUGUGAUGCUAUGUGAAGCAGUCAAAAGAACUUGUUAAUCCUUUAUUCCCUACAUCUUUAUUGCCGCAAGGCUAGGUAUGGGUUCUAAGGUGGAUGCUGUAUUUUGAAACAAUUCAAAUGAAAAGGAAAUAGUGGAGCUAAGACCGAUUUAAUGUUUAGUACCUGUGUUUUAGAGCCAAAACGAGAAUGUGGGAUGAAAUAUGUGCAUCAAUCCGAACAGCUCUGUUUCAUAAAGGUACAUCAGAUAGAUGCAAGAAGUGUAUAUAAAAUCUCGUUUGUCGUCAAAAAUUGAUAUUGAAUUUUCUCAUGUUUUUUUGGCGGUUGUAGUAGGGUUUAGGAUCUCUCUGUUUCUUUCUUUUUUUGGGGUGUCGUCCUCCUGAUUGCCUUGCUGUCAACUGUUUGAAAACAAUAAAGUGAUUAUUUGCAUAGCUUUGAAUGAUCAGAUGGAAUGAUAUUCUUGUAAAGUACACCUCUGCCGGAUUCCCCGCCCGUGGUGGAUAUUUUAUGUUGAGUGCAUGAGAAAUAGAAGGUUAUUAAUUUAGAAGA